AUAAACGUAUCUUCCACUUCUCUGAUCAGCUGUUAACUAGACAAGAAGAAAGAACUUAAAAAAUUUGUGGGGGUUUUAUAUAUUUCAUAUCAGACGGGUUUGAUCCCAUUUAGUUAGAGAUGAGACAGUUUAUUGUCUUGUAAACCAUCCCUGAAAGAAGCAGGCAGAUUUGUUCUGGAGCAUAUUCUUAACAGAAAAUGUUGAAAGGGAACAAAGAACCGACUCUGAUCUGGUAGUUUCCAACUGCAGAACAACAUGACUGAUGAGAAUACAACAUAUGACUAUGUCACAGAAUAUGAUGACCAACUGUGUCGCAAAGAGCAGAUGGUAAAAAUUGGAUCCAUUAUUAUUCCAAUUUUUUUCACAGCAGUGGUUGUAUUGAGCUGCAUUGGUAACAUCCUCGUUUUGAUAAUCCUUGCACUCUAUGAGAGCAUCAAACCCCUGACCAAUUUCUUCAUCCUCAAUUUAGCCGUGUCAGAUCUGCUGUUCACUAUUGGACUUCCAUUCUGGGCCUCGUACUAUGUCCGGGGUUGGACAUUUGGAGAUGCUGGCUGUAAAGCUGUGAAGUUCUUCUUCUAUUUGGGCUUUUACAGCAGCGUGUUGUUCUUGACUCUAAUGACCGUUCAGCGUUACAUGGCAGUGGUUCAUCCUCUGUCCGACUGGGAGAGAUCCAGAGGCCUUUCUUUAUCUCCUUAUAUCGUUUGGAUCCUGAGUUUAACGGUUGCACUGCUCGGUUCACUUCAAAGUGAAGUCAUGAUAGAAUCUGGCAGCCUAUACUGUGAAUAUGGCAGCAUUGAAUGGAAAACCAGCAUUGCUUAUUUUCAAAAUGUUUUUUUCUUCAUUGGAUUUGUAAUCAUGGGUUACUGCUAUGGCAGAAUGCUUCGGACGAUCUCAAAAUCACGGACUAAGAAGAAACACAAGACUGUUAGACUAAUAUUCUCCAUCGCAAUGGUGUUUUUUAUCGGUUGGGCUCCAUAUAACAUAGUCGUGUUCCUAAGAUCUUUGGCCAUCCCUCCAUUGACAGACUGUGAAGUAAGCAAAAGACUUGACUACGCAUAUUAUGCUUGCCGAAUGAUAGCCUUCUCCCACUGUUGCUUGAACCCUGUGUUUUAUGUUUUUGUUGGCGUAAAAUUCAGGAAUCAUCUAAAAAUGAUUCUGCAGAAGCUCAUUCAAAAAAAAAAAAAACUCCAAGCCACAGAGGGAAAAAUGCAGUCGCAGGGUUCAAUUUACUGAGAGAAAACUCAAGUACUUUUACCAAUUGCAGCGAACCAACUUAUUUGGAGUGUUAAAAUACUGUUUGAAUGAUGUACAUAGAGAUGCUGUUGUAAUUUUUUUAUUAUUAUUAUUGUUAAUAUGUUGGAAUUGAUUAUUACAACCUGAUCUGCUUGAUUAAAAUUCAAAUAAAGUGCCAUUUUGCAGGAGAAUUCCCUGCUUUAUCAAGCAUUCAGUUGUAAAUUAUAAUCAGUUUUCUUAUUUUUGUGGUUAAAGUUCUCAUUUUUUUCUAUGUAAAAAUAGCUUAAAGUAAGUAAUGGAAGAACCAACAAAUGUGUAGUCAUUAAUGAAGAAACAAUUUCUACACUAAACUAAAUUAAAUCGAUUUAUCUUCUUGCAUGUACUACUGUAUGACUUUCAUGUUUAUGUCACUGCCUGUACGGUUUGUUAAAUGGAUAAUGCAGAGUAGAUAAACUGCAUGAGCAUGAAGUAUGAGUCCAGUUAUAAACCAUCUGCUAUUACGCACUCUUAAAAAUAAAGGUUUAUUGGCAUCUGUAGUAGUGAACAACCUUUAGUAUCCAUUGAAUCUUUUCAUUAAAGAAAAGAUUCUUUCGAAUGAUAAAAAUAUAGAUUAUACAAAUAUUCUUCAAACUAGGAAGGAAUUGUUCACUUAUUAACGGUUCUUUGGAGAACCAAAAAUGGUUCUUCAAUGACAUUGCUGCAAAAAAAAAAAAAAAUUUAGAUUUUUAAGAGUGUGGUCAGUUUUGUGGUUAAAAAUGACUAUUAACAUUUGUUUUACAUCAAAAUGGUUGUUUAUGAUACCAGAUAUGGUUCUUCAGUUUGUAAAAAUAGCAGAACCUUUUUUGGGUGUUAAAUAAUAAAUUUUUAUAAGGUUCCGUUCCAUAAAGAACCAUGCUUUGAGAGUGUUGUAUAGAAAUGGUGCUAUGAAGAAUAUUUAAGUCUGUCAUGUAUUUUAGUGUAAUUGAGUGCCAGUUUCUUUCUGCAGAUGAUGAGGUUGUGUGGAGUGACAUCAUCUGAAAAAUAUGUCUUUGUGUGUAAUCAUUGGAUAACUUUGAUGUUUUGUGUCACUGGGCAUACAGAAACCCAAGAAAUAGCUAACAUAAAAUUGAGUAUUAAUAUCUGUCAUUUACUCACUUAGUGGAGAAGAAGAGAGAAGUAUCACUGACUGAAUGGAGUUGAUCACACUUACUGUACAUUUUCUGUUUAACAAAAUAAAAAGAGACAUGACUGAUAUUUGA